ACAACCGAAAUAUCUAAACCAAUAAUGCACUGGCGUUUGGAAUAUAUUCAUCUGGGACUAAUAUUUCUAUUUAUUGAACUUAUAAUAUUCCUUCCUAUAAUUUUCGGAAACACUCUUAUUUUGAUAAGUAUAUUCAAAUUCAAGAGACUAAGAACAAGGAUUAACAUGUUAAUUGCCAAUUUAGCCACCUCAGACUUGUUGAUUGGAACCGUGAUGAUACCAUAUGAUUUAUUUUUCAUUUUCAAUGCUCCAUUGAGACAUGAUAAAUAUACCUGCUUGUUGCGAUUCACAUUUGAAACAUCGUUUCUUGGCUCUUCGGUCCUUAAUCUCCUCGUGAUUUCUAUUGAACGAUACCUUGCAAUAAUGUAUCCUUUACAACAUGCCAGUCGUGCUACAAAGAGAUGGUUGAUUUCUUUGAUGGCAUCAUCUUGGAUAAUUUCUAUUUUUGUUGCUUGUCUUCCUCUAUUGGGCUGGAAUUCAUGGCAUCCGGGCAUACCUUGUGACUCCACUUACAUAAACCCGAAGAGCUAUAAAGGGCUUAUUUUCUUAUUUUUCAUCGGCUCGAUCAUUGCUAAUUUUGUUAUGUAUGUGAAAGUUGUUAAAAUUGCAUUUGCACAGAUCAAUGCAAUACAAUCAGAAAAAUCCGCCAUGACAGAAGACACAUUUCGUCACGUGCGCGUAAAGAAAAACAAUAUUAAGAAAACAAAAAUGAUGAUAUUAGUACUUGGAGUUUUUGCAGUUUGCUGGGGGCCGUAUUGUGUCACAUUAGUCUUUGAAACUCUCUUCCUUGAACCAAGUGAUAAUCUUGAAAUGGCGAAGAAAUGUCUGGCAUGCUUUGGAUUAAUUAACAGUGGACUUAACUGGAUUAUAUUUGGAGUGAAAAAUUCGUCUUUCCGUAAAGCAUUUAAGUACAUUCUUUGUUGUGGAUCAGGACAAAGAGAUACUCUAGUGAUUUCGAGCACUGCCAAGUAA